AUGUCACGGCACUGGGACGGCCCUGGGAGAUCCCAUCGAGGUGGGUGCCCUGCGGGCGGUACUUGGAGCGCCCAGAGAGGAGCCACUCUGGCUUGGAGCUGGCAAGACCAACCUGGGCCACCUGGAGGCGGCAGCAGGCUUCGCCGGGCUCGCGAAGGUGAUGUGCAGCCUGCAGCAUGGCGCAGUGUCUGCCAACCUUCACUUUGCCGAGCUGAAUCCUCACCUGGAGCGGGAGAUCCAGGAGUCGUGCCUGGCAAUUGCCUCUGCGGUGAGCCGCUGCCCUGGAAAGGACUUGGUCGCAGGAGAGUGUCCUCCUUCGGCUUCGGUGGCACCAAUGCCCACGCGAUCUUGAAGCACAGCAAGCAGGACUCGCAAGGGUCUGGUCCUUUGCACGAGGCAAGACAAGUCGCGAUGCUCUUCACAGGUCAGAGCGAGAUAAGGCCGGAGUUGGCCAAAGAGCUCCUGAACGACGUGGCCUUCCGGGAGGCCUUGCAGCGAUGCGCCACCCUUUGCACCUCCUACUUGGAUCGCAACCUUCUGGACAUCAUCCUCGAUCCGCAGUUGAGCCGUUCGUCCGCCUUGCGCUCCUUUGCGGCCUGCUUCAGCUUGCAGUUCGCAAUGGUGGAGCUGUGGCGCGCCAAAGGCGUGCGCCCGAAGGCGGUGCUGGGGCACAGCUUGGGGGAAUUCGCCGCCGCGGUGGCCGCUGGUGUGAUGUCGCUGGAAGAUGGGCUUCGCCUAGUGACUGCCAGAGGCCGCUUGCUGGAUGAAAGGUGCGAGGAGGGCGCCAUGGCCGCCCUCUUCACCUCCCUGGCGCAGGUGCAAGCCGCGCACCCGGAGAAGCUGCGGCUGUGCAUUGCGGCGAUCAAUGGCCCAAGUCAGGUAGUCGUCUCUGGAUCGCGUCCUGACGUGGAGGCCAUGUGCCAGCGCUUCCCGGGCAAGAGCAAGAUGCUCGACUCGCGCUUUGCCAUGCACUCAAUGCUGCCAGAAGUCGUGGCAGGCGUGCGGGAGGAGAUCAAGGCAUGUACCUUUGGGCUGCCGAAGGUUCAGUUCGUCUCCUGCAUGACGGGAUCCUUGGCCAGCGAGGAGCUGACCACCGCAGACUACUGGCUGAGCCAUGACACCGCCACGCCUGUGAACUUCCUGGCGGCAAUGAAAGCUUUGGACGCUACCGGCUGCGACACCUUCGUAGAGAUCGGCCCGCGCCCUUUGUUGUUGCGGCUGGGGCAGAGCUGUUGCCAGGCCCCUGGGCACCUCUGGCUUUCCACCGUCACGCCUGAGCGCCCGGCGGGGGAGUCGCUGGUUUCCACGGCGCGGGCACUGAAGGCCGCCGUAGCGGCACUGCAGCCGAGCUGCUUCCCGUGGGUGAAGCCCUUGGUGCAUCCCUUGCUGGGCCAAUGGAAGGCCGAGUCCAAGUGCUUCCGCUCCAAGUGUCCGCUCUCGGACUCGGACGGAUCUGCGGCGGCGCGGCUCUUCCGCCAGCACCGGGUCUUGGGAGAAGCCGUGCUCCCCGGCGCCUCGCACUUACUGCUUAUGGCCGCAGCGCAUUUGGAGACACAAUCGCCCUUGCCAGGGGGCCGCUUCAUUGAGCUCCAGGAUGUUACCUUUCAGAGAGCCUUCGUGAUGCCCCACGAUGACCCUCUCACGACAGAGGUCAUGUUGGAGCAGGAGGGCCUGCAGAUCCUGAGCCGCUCCAAGACCGAAGGGCAGAUUCAUGCGCAGUGCAGGCUUGCCAGAGAUUGGUGGGAGGGCCAAAAGCCAAAGGAUCGAUGCUCCACAGCCUGGAGGAAUGGAAAGCAAAGUGUAUCUCGGAGCCUGCGGACACCUACGGGAUGCUGGAGAGGUGCGGGCUUCACUACGGGCCAAGCUUUAGAAGCAUCCGCUCUUGGUCCAUGA